ACCACUACUCUCAAACACUGCACUACCUAUAUAUUGGCUUGCUAUCUGGCUACCCACCCACAAACCCAAAACCCUAGCUAGUUCAUGGCAUCCACCGAUAAGCCUGACCCAGAAGCAGCCACCAAGUCUGAGGUGUCACCCCUGCCACCUCCUCCUCCUAAACGUGUCGACUAUUUUGCCAUUGAUGUUGGUCUUAGGGUCUUAUUGUUUGCUGCCACCCUAACUGCGCUCGUGGUCAUGUCCACUGCCAAGCAAACGGAGUUGGCUUCUGUGCCAGGAUCACCUGUCAGAGUGCCUGUUAAAGCCAAAUUCAAUCACUCGCCGGCCUUCAUAUACUUUGUUGCAGCAUUAUCUGUUGCCUGCCUGUACAGUAUCAUCACAACGCUUGCAUCCCUCGGAGUCAUCGCUAAGCCAACUUAUGCAACAACAUUCUUGCUUUAUUAUGUAUUUUGGGACGUGUUGAUGCUGGGAAUAGUAGCGGCGGCUACGGGGGCGGCUGGAGGAGUAGCGUAUAUUGGUUUGAGGGGGAACAAACAUACAGGCUGGGUGAAGGUGUGCCCUGUUUAUGACAAAUUCUGCAGACAUCUGGGAAGCUCCAUACCGAUCGCAUUAUUCGCUUCAGUUCUUCUGGUUCUGCUCAUUAUGCUUUCAGUCUUCUCUCUUCAUAGUCGGAUCCGUGAGUAGAGACAUGCUUUACAAAGUCUAAAAUCUGAAUUAUUCGUUGCCACCUCAAUUGUGUCUGUGUGUGAAAUGUUGUACCUUUUAUGUAGUUUUGUGUCUUGUGCAUAGCUGGAAGUCUAGUUUGUAAAGCCCAAAUCUUGUACACUGGUGUAAUUCUGUUUCUAAUGUUAAGCUUUUAUUUAUUUA